UUUGACAAAAUGGCGGCGAAGGAAAGUCUUCGGUGAAUUUAUUCAUAGGAUUGUAAUGUUUUCGUUGUUUUUCGCUGUAAUCGUAUAUAUCUAGGUUCAAUUUUUGAUCUGGCACAAUGCAGGCCGAAGACGCAAGAUAUCUGAAAAGGAAAGUAAAAGGUGGCAAUAUUGAUGUUCAUCCAACAGAAAAAGCCUUAGUUGUGAAUUAUGAAUUAGAAGCGACUAUUCUUGGUGAGCUGGGGGAUCCUAUGCUAGGGGAAAGAAAGGAGUGCCAGAAAAUAAUUCGUCUGAAAAACCUGAACUCUGCCACCGACGUCGCUGCGUUAGCACGGGAAGUGGUCGAUAAAUGUAAAUUAAUCCAUCCGUCAAAACUUCCAGAAGUUGAACAACUUUUAUACUACUUACAAAACAGAAAAAAAAACUCUCCAACCAAAGGUUCUGACCAAGGUAAAAAAGGAACGUUAACAGGAAAACUGAAAGAUCCGCCUCCCUAUGAAGGAACCGAGCUUGAUGAGUUAGCUAAUAUAAAUGACAUUGAAGACUAUAUUGAAUAUUUAUAUGAAGACACUCCUGAAAAAGUACGAGGGACUGCUUUAGUAUUACAACUUGCACGAAAUCCUGACAACCUAGAAGAGCUCUUACAAAAUGAAACCAUACUUGGUGCAUUGGCGAGAGUACUUCGAGAAGACUGGAAGAAGAGUGUAGAGCUCUCCACCAAUAUUAUCUACGUAUUUUUCUGUUUUUCAAGUUUUUCUCAGUUCCAUGGUGUGAUAGCACAUUUUAAAAUUGGUGCCUUAGUAAUGUCUAUAGUGGAGCAUGAACUAAAAAGGCAUGGACUAUGGCAGGAGGAGUUACAGAAGAAAAAAAAAGCUGCGGAUAUUCAUUCCAAUGAUCCGUCACUCAAGAAAGAUUUUGAAAGAAGUUACAAGAAAUAUCAAAGUCUUUUGAGGAAACAAGACCAGCUUCUCAGAGUUUCAUUUUAUUUACUGUUAAAUCUGGCGGAAGACAUGAAAGUUGAAAUGAAGAUGAAACACAAGGACGUGAUACCAAUGUUAGUGAAGACUCUAGAAAGAGACAACUUUGAAUUAUUAAUAUUAGUCGUCUCGUUUCUGAAAAAGCUUAGUAUAUUUGUAGAGAACAAAAAUGAUAUGGCGGACCAUUGUAUUAUUGAAAAACUGGUAAAAUUGGUGCCGUGUGACCAUGAGGAUCUUUUGAACAUUACAUUAAGGUUGUUAUUAAAUCUUUCCUUUGAUGCACCUUUAAGAAGUAAAAUGGUGAAGCUAGGGUUGUUACCAAAACUAGUGUCUCUUAUAAGUAAUGAGAAUCAUCGAGUUAUAGUGUUAUGUCUGCUGUACCAUAUAAGUAUGGAUGAUAAAGCCAAGUCCAUGUUCACAUACACUGAUUGUAUACCAGUUGUGAUGAGGAUGAUCUUGGAGUGUCAGGAUGAGAGAGUUGACCCUGAGUUGAUAGCACUGGGUGUCAAUCUAUCAUGUAAUAAGAGAAAUGCACAGAUCAUAUGUGAAGGGUCGGGAUUAAAGUUACUCAUGAAGAGAGCAUUUAAAUUCAAAGAUCCGUUAUUGAUGAAAAUGAUACGCAACAUCUCGCAGCAUGAUGGACCAGCUAAGAAUUUAUUUGUAGACUACAUCAGUGAUCUGGCAAAUGUUAUCAAGAGCUACGAUGAUGAAGAAUUUGUAAUUGAGACUCUAGGAAUUCUGAGUAAUUUAAACAUUCCGGAUUUGGAUUAUGAACUUCUCCUUAAAGAAUACGGAUUAGUUUCUUGGAUUAAAGAGAGAUUACAGCCUGGUGCUGCUGAAGAUGACUUGGUGUUAGAGGUUGUUAUGUUGGUUGGCACGGUAACCAGUGAUGAUUCCUGCGCAGCUAUGCUGGCCAUGUCCGGUAUAAUACAGAGUCUUAUUGAACUCCUCAAUGCGAAACAAGAGGAUGAUGAGAUAGUGUGUCAGAUAGUGUAUGUGUUCUACCAAAUGGUAUUUCAUCAGGCGACCCGGGAGGUCAUUGUCAAGGAGACCCAGGCACCAGCGUACCUGAUUGAUCUCAUGCACGACAAGAAUGCAGAAAUCAGAAAAGUUUGUGACAAUACGCUGGAUAUUAUCUCAGAAUUUGAUGAAGAGUGGGCCAAAAAAAUUCAAUUAGAGAAAUUUCGUUGGCACAAUUCACAGUGGUUAGAGAUGGUUGAAUCACGUCAAAUGGAUGACAAUGAAGGAAUGAUGUAUGGUGACGAAGGAUAUGGGCCUUAUAUCCAGGAAUCAGAUAUCUUGGAUCGACCGGAUCUAUUCUAUGGACAUCCAGGUGCAUAUGAGGAUGGUGAAUUGAUUGAUGGGACAGUCAGUCCUGAAUAUCUUGAUGAAUAUGUAAUGCAGAAUGGAGACUAUCUUGGCCCCAAUGGAACUCCCAUUUAUAAUAGCUAUGGACAGGAUCCUUAUGAGCAGCACAGACAGUCGCAGGUAUCAUUUAUGGUGGACGACGUUGACGAGUACGGUCGACCCGUGGAAGUCUAUGACGCAGUGGAUGAGUACGGGCGACCAAUGCAGAGCUAUGAGGAUCAGUACAAUAGCUAUGGGUAUUACGAGCGUAGAUAAUUGCAGUCGAUAUUUAUUGAAUCAUAAUCAUGAUUGUCUGGUAAUUUUCAGAAAAUUUAAAAAGAAAACUUUUAAACAUGUUCAAUUGCUUGUACUUGCAUUGACCU